AUGGCCACGAUGGUGGCCCAGAAGCUCAGCCAUCUCCUGCCCAGUUUGCGGCAGGCCCACCAGGAGCCUCGGCCGUCCAGGCGGCCAGAGCCCGUGUUCACAGUGGACCGUGCCGAAGUGCCACCGCUCUUCUGGAAGCCGUACAUCUACGUGGGCUACCGGCCGCUGCAUCAGACCUGGCACUUCUACUUCCGCACGCUGUUCCAGCAGCACAACGAGGCGGUGAAUGUGUGGACCCACCUGCUGGCAGCCGUCGUGCUGCUGCUGCGGCUGGCCGUCUUCGUGGGGACCGUGGGCAUCUGGGGAGACCCGCACGCGCUGCCCCUCUUCAUCCUCCUCCUCGCAUCCUUCACCUACCUCUCCUUCAGCGCCUUGGCUCACCUCCUGCAGGCCAAGUCCGAGUUCUGGCAUUACAGUUUCUUCUUCCUGGACUACGUGGGCGUGGCCGUGUACCAGUUCGGCAGCGCCCUGGCACACUUCUACUAUGCCAUCGAGCCUGCCUGGCACGCCCGGGUGCAGGCCGUCUUCCUGCCCGUGGCCGCCUUUCUCGCCUGGCUUUCUUGCACUGGCUCCUGCUACAACAAGUACAUCCAGAAGCCUGGCCUGCUGGGCCGUACUUGCCAGGAGGUGCCCUCAGCGCUGGCCUACGCGCUGGACAUCAGCCCCGUGGUGCAUCGCAUCCUGGUGUCCCCUGACCCUACCUCAGACGACCCGGCUCUUCUCUACCACAAGUGCCAGGUGGUCUUCUUCCUGCUGGCCGCCGCUUUCUUCUCCACCUUCAUGCCUGAGCGCUGGUUUCCUGGCAGCUGCCACGUCUUCGGGCAGGGCCACCAGCUCUUCCAUGUCUUCCUGGUGCUGUGCACGCUGGCCCAGCUGGAGGCCGUGGCACUGGACUACGAGGCCCGGCGGCCCAUCUAUGAGCCUCUGCAUACCCGCUGGCCCCACAACUUCUCUGGCCUCUUUCUGCUCACCGUGGGCAGCAGUGUCCUGACCGCGUUCCUCCUGAGCCAGCUGGUACGGCACAGACUCAACCGGAAGGCCCAGUGA